CAGAGUUCCAGGCCGUUAUUAAUGACGUCACCAGCAGCGCGCCACUUCCUUGUACGUUCUGUGACAACGCGGGUAGCGAGCGCAUUUCAAACUAUCCCAACACAGCGACUACAGAAACCAAAAUGUUCCCGUCACCCCGUGCUCAGGGUAUGGGUUCGGCGCGGCGGCCGUUUAAUUCUCGUCUGACGGGCGGCAGAAAAGCCUUGGGUCCGGGAGUGACAGCCAGCUCUUCCCCUUCGGCGCUGUACUCUCCAGUGGGCCGAAGAGUUUCCGCCAGUGGCGCCAGAUCCACCCCAUCCCGGGUUUAUCUCCACCCGGCCGCUUCAGAGACGGUGAAUUACAAUGUGCAGCUGUUUGGUUCCUCGUUGCCGGUGAAAGUAAUGGAGGCCCUGUCUAAUGCCAGUGCAGAUGAGCCUAUGGCUGCUUGUAUUCAUGAAGGUGGAUGGGCAUGGCUGGCAUGUAAUGAUCGUCUGAUUAUCUGGAAGAUAAGUCACUCCAGCUCUGCUAAGUUAAUGGUGUGCAAAGAACUGCCUCUUCCCCUCAGUGACAGCGAGUGGUCUGCAGAUUUAGUGGAUAUUUGUGCCCAAACUGGUGACCCUGCUGCUGCCCAGUCAGUGGCUUUAAUGGCAGCCACACCUGAAGGCUCAUCCCGCUACUGGCCCAACAUUCUACAUGAAGGCACUUAUAUAGAGUCUUACACCGAGUUCGGUUCAUCUCUUUGUGCCUUUGUUACAGCUGUAAAAGGCAACAGUUUUAUCCUGUCUUCAGAAAAAAAUCAACUUGUACGACUGACCCCCGAUGCUUCUGGAAAGAUGAAUCAACGUGUUCUGCCACAAGGGCAAGGCAUGCUGUCUGGUAUCGGCCGCAGGGUGUCCACCCUCUUUGGCAUCUUGUCUCCUGCUGUUGAAUCCACACUCUGCAGUGUCCUCUGGGAUAAGGGAGAUUGCUUCUACACUCUCACUGACUCAAGUAUAAACAAGUGGGACUUGGAUGAUACUUCGGAAAGUCAAGUGCUUAACUGGGACAUGAGCAGAGUCCUCAGAGAAUACAUAUCUGAUGCCAUUUGGGGAUCUGAAAGCGACUAUGAUGAUAUCAAAGCUGGAAUCAACAUUAAUUAUUUGAGUCUCAACCAAAACUGUGAUGGUUUAGUAAUCCUGUCCGCCGCCUGGCAUCCUGGUGAUAACCCCUGCCAGAUUUAUUACACCCUUGUAACCGUGAAGGAUGAAGGUUACAAUAUUUCUGAUGAAAUCACAGUGGAGGUCACUCAGUUCAACCCUGUGUUUCAGGCUAGAGGCAUGCAGCUGUGCCAGCUUGUGGUACCAAAUUUCAGCAGCCAGGCCUGUUACCUGUAUACUCAAGAGAUGAUCUUUGCAUGCUCAACAGGAACUGGAAGGAGCACUUUGCCUCAAGAAAAAAUUCCAUUUGAAGCACAAGGAGAUAACAUUGUAGGAGCUGGAUCCUGUGAAGGUUGGCCAGUUUUUUUCAUUAGAAAGAGUGGCAUGCUGACAGUUGUUGCUCGAGAGACUGCUUCUGUGCUCCCAGAGCACAUGGAGGAAUCCUUGUCAUCUGUUUCUAAGUCCAGCCGUCAGGCUGUAGUAAAGGACUCAAGACCGGACCAAAUUGCUCAUGACGAUAAGACAAAACAUCUGAAAGCAGCUUUUUUAAGAUAUUGCAGGAAAGAUAUACUGGGGGCCCAAAGCAUGGUCGACAGCCUGUUCUCCGACUCCGAUAUGGAACCAGAUGAUGAACUGGAUCUGGCAGUAAACCAAAUAAGCGUUGACCUGAUUGACGAUUAUCCUGCCUCUGAUCCUCGCUGGGCUGAAUCUGUACCUGAAGAGGCAGCCGGAUUUAGUAACACUUCUUUAAUUCUCUUGCACCAGCUGGAAGAUAAGAUGAAAGCGCACUCUUUUUUUGUGGAUUUUCUUCAUCAAGUUGGACUUUUCAGUCGUUUGAGCACUUGUCAAACAAAAGGAAUGUUGGUAGCGACUCGACUAUUGCUAAGCGAGCAUGCAGAAAAACUGUCUGCUGCGAUUGUUUUAAAGAAUCACCAUGCUAAGCUCCCUGUAUUGGUUAACUCUGCCAUACAACUUGCACUUGAUAAAAGGAUGUGCACCGUUCCUCAGAAUCUAACUGCUGCUGAUGUCUACUUUAGAGAAGUGUCCCAAAUGGAAAUCAUCUUUGAAUGCCUGGUAGACAAAGAGGAAGCUGACUUAGAAAGUACCUCCAUUGACUCAGUUGAAUGGGCAAAUAUAGUGGUCAAUGUCAACACGAUUCUAAAGGAUAUGCUACAUGUUGCCUGUCAGUACAGACAAAGUAAGAAUUCUCUCUAUAAAAAUGAAAGCGGAAUUCAAGAGCCUGAGCAUGUUCCAUGGACUGCCUCUAGUGGAACUGCAGGUAUUAGGUCUGUUGUUACACGUCAGCAUGGUAUAAUAUUAAAGGUCUAUCCACAGGCAGAUAGUGGCCUACGUACUAUACUAAUUGAGCAGCUUGCAGCUUUGCUAAACUAUUUGCUUGAUGAUUAUGUCACCCAACUAAAGUCAAUUGAUAAACUGGCUAAUGAAGAAAGAUACAAUAUCCUGGAAAUGGAGUAUGCUCAGAAGCGGUCAGAACUGUUGUCACCCUUGUUAAUCCUAGGACAGUAUGCCUGGGCUUCAAAUCUCGCAGAGAAGUACUGCGAUUUUGAUAUCUUGGUACAAAUAUGUGAAAUGACCGAUAAUCAGAGCAGGCUGCAAAGGUACAUGACUCUGUUUGCAGAGCAGAAUUUUUCAGACUUUCUGUUUCGUUGGUACCUGGAGAAAGGUAAACGAGGAAAACUGUUGUCCCAACCUGCUUCUCAGCAUGGGCAGCUAGCUGCAUUCCUGCAAGCCCAUGAUCACCUUAGCUGGUUGCAUGAAUUGAACAGCCAGGAAUUUGAAAAGGCUCACAGAACUCUGCAGACAUUGGCAAACAUGGAGACACGGUACUUCUGUAAGAAAAAAACUCUUCUUGGUUUAAGUAAAUUGGCUGCUUUAGCAUCUGAUUUUCAAGAGGAUGUAUUGCAAGAAAAGGUAGAGGAAAUAGCUGAGCAAGAACAUUUCUUACUCCAUCAAGAAACCCUACCCAAAAAGCUUCUUGAGGAAAAACAGCUUGACUUAAAUGCAAUGCCUGUAUUAGCACCAUUUCAGUUAAUCCAGUUAUACGUAUGCGAAGAAAACAAAAGAGCGAAUGAAAAUGACUUCAUGAAAGCACUAGACUUGCUAGAAUACAUUGGAGAUGACAGUGAGGUGGAUGUAGAAGAGCUGAAACUGGAAAUACUUUGCAAGGCUAUAAAGAGAGAUGAGUGGUCUGCAACAGAUGGUAAAGAUGACCCAAUUGAAGCAACAAAGGAUUCCAUCUUUGUCAAAGUUCUUCAGAAUUUACUCAACAAAGGCAUUGAGCUGAAAGGCUACUUGCCUAAGGCUGAAACCCUGCUUCAGUCUGAAGAACUAAACAGUUUGAAGACCAACUCUUACUUUGAAUUUUCUCUGAAAGCAAAUUACGAAUGUUACAUGAAAAUGCAGUCUUAAAAUCUUUAUACAAUGCCUUAAAGCACUUCUUUUCUAUUGCUCAUUGUUUAAUAAAAUCAGUUGUUAAUAAAAGUUGUUGUAAAGCCAUUUAUAGUCAUCAGAUCUUCUAAGAUCGUGAUCAUAAGGGUUGAUUUAUUAUGGGUAAUGCUAUAGGUAGGUGUUGCUAUGUAAACGAAUACAAGAGGUCCUCUGCACUCAACCAAUUAUCAAUAUAUUUAGGACAUUGAGACAUUUUGUGCAGACGGCUACUAAAAAAUGCCUUACCCUUUAAACAAAACAGGGAUUGUUUGUCCAUAUAUUGCAAUAUAUUUAAGCUGGCCAACUACGUCAAAGUCAUCCCAUAUCUGGCCAGUCCUACACUUAAAUUGCAAUCAAUUUAAGCUCUAAUAGGGCUUUGAGUGCCUGUAGAUGCAACGUGCAUAGAGGACUAGUACUUGCCAUGUGUCUAACCACUUGUCUGUCUGCCACUAAACUAAAUGUGAUGAGAACUACUGGAGAAAAAAAAGUUAUAACUCUUCAUCUGUGAGAUCUUAGAUGUGCAUAUGGGGUCUUGCCUAUUUAUUGACAAAGAGGGUUGGCACUUUAAACUCUGGCAGCUAGACUGUACAAUUUAAAGGGGACCUUUCACCUUAACAAAUACUUCCAAAUACUUUCCAUAGUGUUAGUCAAGCAAUAUUAACUAUUUUUUUUUAAUAAAUCUUGUGUUCUUCAGUCUUGAUAUUCACAACCAAAGCAAGCAGUCAGGUGCCAUUUUGCAAAUCGCUUCAUUAAGACAAGGUUUGCACCAUCCCAAAAUGUUAUGACCUGAUGCUCAUACACAGGCUACACAAUUAUAAACAGUGAGUAGAGAGUACGAAGUGCAGAAUGGAAAGUGAAAGUAAUUGCCAUGCCUGAGCCAUAGAGGCAGGGGAGGCAAUAUACGAUAGACAGCAGAGGUUUUUUGAUAAAUAUAUGACUUUAAGCUAUUGAAAAAAAAUAAUUUGGGUUUUAUGUUUAAUUUGAAAAGGACUUUUAUUAUAUAGUUUUUUGUUUCUGGGUACCAUGUUUACUGAUAUGGGUGUUAAAUUACAGCUGCUCAUAGCAACACAGAAAAGCAAUUUGUUUUGAUCAUCCUACCACCAGUUAGGAAAUGAGCAAAUGUAUUGUAUGGGUAACAGCACUUGUGCCAUUUAGCAUUUAUCUUGUAUCUUUGUAAAUGAAUCCCUUAUAAAUGAUUAGCUGACAAGGCCGCAAUGUUAACUUUGCCUACCGCCAUAAAUGCAGUGUAUUAUGCUUUAUAAAAUGUAUACUUAGAUUCACCAGUAUUUUUCCCACAGAGGACUGCCCGUUUCUAUUAGUGCAUCAGCUAGGACAGUAACCAAUAAACAUUAGAAGCCGUGACAGGCAGACGGAUUGUUUAGUCUGAUAUUUUACACUGUAUGUCACUGGCGGCAAAAUUACUCAUAGCUUUCUGAAAAAAAAGGCUCAGCCGGUGCUUAAUUUGAAAAGGACUUGUAUAACUGUCUCAUAUGAACAGAUUUGACUGAAGCCAAUUCGUUGUUUAUUUGCUGCUGCAGUAGUUUGCCUAAUAGUCUAGGAUAUCAUAUUCAGCACCAAAUUAAGAUUAUACACAAUUCUGUUAUUUUAUAAAAAAGUGACAAGUUCACAAAUAAAAUUGUAUUUCCCUUAA